AUGGUCGUUGGAACGCCUGCAACUUGGCAAGCGAGUGUGCUGUCAGACUCGGCAAAGAUCGGGGGCUGCCCUGGUGGAUUUGGCUGGUCAACUCGGCUAUAUUCACCAAGCGGCAGUCGGUCGGGCUGCCGUUGGCCCCAGGUCCAGUCCCUGAGUCCCAGCAAACGCAAGUGGAUUGGCAAUGCACAUGUCAGGGUCAGAUUCGCCCGGCCGUCCGCUCCAGCACGUAGAGCGGCCUACAAGGAGCCGGGAGAGGUUCUGCGCGAUGAAUUGGAAGAUGAUGAAAACCCGACCUCAAAGCUAACGGCAGAGGCCACGGUUGGAGAAAUGGCCAAUUGUUUGAAAAGAAGAAAAAUUAGAGCAAAAACCUGGCCACAGCCAUUGGCCAAUUGCGUGCGCCGCUCAGCCGGCUUCCCUCGGCUGUGUCUGGCACCCACCAAAAUCCGUGUCGCCGAGCCGACCCCAGGCUCUUUGCGGCCGGGGCGAGCGCAUGGCGGUCACUGGCAUUCCGGCGAGAGGGAAAAAAAAGUCUCGCAUACUCUGACCGAGCGCGACUUCAUCUCUUUCCCCCCUCCAUACCUUUUUUUUAUCAUUGUCAACCACCCUGUCUCGGCCCAGCCUUGCCCGCAUCGCACCGACCACCGGCUAACCCCACGUUUCUCUUCUCCAGAGAUCGAGAUAGCUGCAUCAUCUCUCGUCCUUGUCCCAACACGCACCAUAUACAACCAGCACAUCAUGGCUAUGAAUCUGAGAACCUCUGCUCGAGCCAUUGGCUCCUUCAAGCCCCUGGCCCGUGCCGCUCUCGGCGGCGCCCGCGCCUAUGCCACCGCCGAGCCCGACCUCAAGGCGACGCUCAAGGCCGCCAUCCCCGAGAAGCGCGAGCUGCUCAAAAAGGUGCGCGCCCACGGCGACAAGGUCAUUGGCGAGGUCAAGGUCGAGAACACGCUCGGCGGCAUGCGCGGCCUCAAGGCCAUGGUCUGGGAGGGCUCCGUCCUCGACGCCAACGAGGGCAUCCGCUUCCACGGCCGCACCAUCAAGGAGUGCCAGCAGGCGCUGCCCAAGGGCACCUCGGGCACCGAGAUGCUCCCCGAGGCCAUGUUCUGGCUGCUCCUCACCGGCCAGGUCCCGUCGGUGGCCCAGGUCCGCGUCUUUUCCCGCGAGCUCGCCGAGCAGGCCGCCAUCCCGGCCUUUGUCUCCAAGAUGCUCGACGACUUCCCGCGCGACCUGCACCCCAUGACCCAGUUCGCCAUGGCCGUCUCGGCGCUCAACUACGAGUCCAAGUUUGCCAAGGCGUACGAAAAGGGCCUCAACAAGGCCGACUACUGGGAGCCCACCUUUGACGACAGCAUCUCCCUGCUCGCCAAGCUGCCCACCAUUGCCGCCAAGAUUUACCAAAACGCCUACAAGGGCGGCGGUGCCCUGCCUGCCGAGGUCGACCUCAACCAGGAUUGGUCUUACAACUAUGCCGCCCUCCUCGGCAAGGGCGGAAAGGAGAAUGAGAACUUUCAGGAUCUCCUCCGUCUCUACCUCGCCCUCCACGGCGACCAUGAGGGCGGCAACGUCUCAGCUCACGCCACCCACCUAGUCGGUAGCGCGCUGAGCGACCCCUUCCUGUCGUACAGUGCCGGUCUACAGGGUCUGGCUGGUCCUCUUCACGGGUACGUUGCUCUCAUUCAAAAAAAAGGAGAAAAAAAAAGACUAACCUUGUACUAUAGCCUCGCUGCCCAGGAAGUCCUCCGCUGGAUCCUCCAGAUGAAAGAAAACAUCCCCGCCGACCACACUGAAAAGGACGUCGAGGACUACCUCUGGUCCACGCUCAACUCGGGCCGCGUCGUCCCCGGCUACGGUCACGCCGUCCUCCGCAAGCCCGACCCGCGCUUCGAGGCGCUGAUGGACUACGCCGCCGCCCGCCCCGAGAUUGCCGCGGACCCCGUGUUCCAGCUCGUCGAGAAGAACAGCCGCAUCGCGCCCGAGGUGCUCAAGAAGCACGGCAAGACCAAGAACCCGUACCCCAACGUCGACAGCAGCUCCGGCGUCCUCUUCCACCACUACGGCUUCCACGAGACCCUGUACUACACCGCCACCUUUGGUGUCUCGCGCGGCCUGGGCCCCCUGGCCCAGCUCAUCUGGGACCGCGCCCUGGGCCUGCCCAUUGAGCGCCCCAAGAGCAUCAACCUCGCCGGCCUCCUCAAGCAGGUUGAGGGCAACUAA